CUCGGGUCUGCGGGAGACGCCGCCGAGCGCUGGACGUCGCCUGCCCGCGAGCCUCUGAGGGGCCGCUGGGCCUCGUCCUUCUGCAGUGGCCGCGCCGCCUCCGCCCGCCCGUUUCGGAGUGUGGCGCUGCAGUCGCAGUCCCGGCCUCGGCGUUUGCUAAACAGAAGCCCCAGCGUGCCGGGAGCCUGCAACCCCUCGCCCGGCCCGGCGAGCCCAGGGCGUGAGCCGCGCUGACGGAGGAUGGCAGCCUCCGGGGUGGAGAAGAGCAGCAAGAAGAAGACCGAGAAGAAACUUGCUGCUCGAGAAGAAGCUAAAUUGCUGGCGGGUUUCAUGGGCGUCAUGAAUAACAUGCGGAAACAGAAGACAUUGUGUGAUGUGAUCCUUAUGGUCCAGGAAAGAAAAAUACCUGCUCAUCGUGUUGUCCUUGCUGCAGCCAGUCAUUUUUUUAACCUAAUGUUCACAACCAACAUGCUUGAAUCAAAGUCCUUUGAAGUAGAACUCAAAGAUGCUGAACCUGACAUUAUUGAACAACUUGUAGAAUUCGCUUAUACUGCCAGAAUUUCUGUGAAUAGCAACAAUGUUCAGUCUUUGUUAGAUGCAGCAAACCAGUACCAGAUUGAACCUGUGAAGAAAAUGUGUGUGGAUUUUUUGAAAGAACAAGUUGAUGCUUCAAAUUGCCUUGGUAUAAGUGUGCUAGCAGAGUGUCUAGACUGUCCUGAAUUGAAAGCAACUGCAGAUGACUUUAUUCAUCAGCAUUUUACUGAGGUUUACAAAACUGAUGAAUUUUUACAACUUGAUGUCAAGCGAGUUACACAUCUCCUCAACCAGGACACUCUGACUGUGAGAGCAGAGGAUCAGGUUUAUGAUGCUGCAGUCAGGUGGUUGAAAUAUGAUGAACCUAAUCGCCAGCCAUUUAUGGUUGACAUCCUUGCUAAAGUCAGGUUUCCUCUUAUAUCAAAGAAUUUCUUAAGUAAAACAGUACAAGCUGAACCACUUAUUCAAGACAAUCCUGAAUGCCUUAAGAUGGUGAUAAGUGGAAUGAGGUAUCAUCUCCUGUCUCCAGAGGAUCGAGAAGAGCUGGUAGAAGGCACAAGGCCCAGAAGAAAGAAACACGACUACCGCAUAGCCCUGUUUGGAGGCUCCCAACCACAGUCUUGUAGAUAUUUUAACCCAAAGGAUUAUAGCUGGACAGACAUCCGCUGCCCCUUUGAAAAACGAAGAGAUGCAGCAUGCGUCUUUUGGGACAAUGUAGUAUACAUUUUGGGUGGCUCUCAGCUUUUCCCCAUAAAACGAAUGGACUGCUAUAAUGUCGUUAAGGAUAGCUGGUAUUCCAAACUGGGCCCUCCAACACCUCGAGACAGCCUUGCUGCCUGUGCUGCAGAAGGCAAAAUUUAUACAUCUGGAGGUUCUGAAGUUGGAAACUCAGCUCUGUAUUUAUUUGAGUGCUAUGAUACGAGAACUGAAAGCUGGCACACAAAGCCCAGCAUGCUGACUCAGCGCUGCAGCCACGGGAUGGUGGAAGCCAACGGCCUGAUCUAUGUUUGUGGUGGAAGUUUAGGGAACAAUGUUUCUGGGCGAGUGCUGAAUUCCUGUGAAGUUUAUGAUCCUGCCACAGAAACAUGGACUGAGCUGUGUCCAAUGAUUGAGGCCAGGAAGAAUCAUGGACUCGUAUUUGUAAAAGAUAAGAUAUUUGCUGUGGGUGGUCAGAAUAGCUUAGGUGGUCUGGACAAUGUGGAAUAUUAUGAUAUUAAAUUAAAUGAAUGGAAGAUGGUCUCACCAAUGCCAUGGAAAGGUGUAACAGUGAAGUGUGCAGCAGUUGGCUCUAUAGUUUAUGUCUUGGCUGGUUUUCAAGGUGUGGGUCGAUUAGGACACAUCCUUGAAUAUAACACUGAAACAGACAAAUGGGUCGCCAAUUCCAAAGUCCGAGCUUUUCCGGUAACGAGUUGUUUAAUUUGUGUUGUUGAUACUUGUGGAGCAAAUGAAGAAACCCUUGAAACAUGAAAAAUGAGUGAACUUCAAGACCCAAUGGAGACUCAAAAUCAUGGCCAUGAGUACUUUGUUCCAAAGAGUUUGGUUACAAAGUUUUAAUUUGGUGUUUUGUUUUUUUAAAGGAAGUUUCAAGUAAAGAGUCCUAUAAAAUAGAUGUUUCUUUUAUAUGGACUUCCUUACUCAAUUCAAAGACCAUAUUUCAGCUGGCCUCAUAACCAAGAACAUAUCUAGUAAGAAAACUUGAAAAAUUAUAAACACUUGGUGAAAAUAUGAAUUCUUAAAUAAACUUCACAUUUGUAACUAUGAUUAUGACAGAAUGAGAGAUUGACUCAUCAUUGAAGCAGUCUCAUCUUAGCUCUAUAUUCUAUUUUCAUACAUCAUAGAAGUGCUAUGUAGUUAGGUCUGUUGCUUCUGUUCAGUCAAGCACUAAGAAAUAGUAGGAACUGUAAGUCACAAUAGGCAACUCUGAUGUAGCAGCUUAGUCUCACAUAAUUUAGCUUGUCUUCAUAUGUUCCAUUUAGUGCCAGAUGUAUUCCAUUUUAAAAGCAAGCCAGAGUGAGUCAAGGCAAAAGCAUAUCUCUCACAAAACUUCAUAAACACAUUUUGGGAAUUAAAAAGGUACCCAACUCCUCAUAAAAUACAUUCAAUCCAAUUAAAUAAUUCCAUCUUUUUAAUGCAAAAUGCCAAGCUUAGCACCCACCACUAAUUUAUAUCACUUGUAUUUAACCAGUGGUUAAAAAAGGAUUAUGCCUCUUUAGUGCUCCCUGUUAAAUUAAAUCCAAUCAUAAUAAGAAUAAUUAUCUAGUAAAAGAUAAAGCUAUUUAUAGCAAAUUUCUAGAUCACUAGAAUAGCACUGAUAGUCACACAAUGUCAGUAUUGACUUUGAACUUCUUAUGGAUUAAAAAGGUACAUGAUUUCUUUUCCUUAGCAGAAUAUAUCAGAAAUAUUUGACCCAUUGUCUCUAAAAGUUUUAUAAUUGAGUGAUAUAUUUGUCAUCUUGUAUUAAUUGCUUUUAUGUGGUCAGUAAGUCUUUUACAAAGCCAGCUACUAAUUUCUUUCCUAGUAAUGUUUUGCCCUUUUACAUUAUGGAAUGUAUGUAUAGCCAUGCAAAGCUGUCGCCAUCAAUGUUUUUAUCUGAUAAUAUUAAAUAUUUUUAAACUUAAAA